AUGCCGCCACCAGAGUACACCUCCAAGAUCCCUGCCCCCAAGGGGGACGCACGUGUUGGCGCCGGCCGGAAGCGACAGGAAAAGCCCGCAUCCGCCGCCGGUCCUUCUUUUCUUCCCAUCUGGAAAGCUUUGAAAAAGGAGCAGUCAAAGGGCCUAAAGAGCGUGGUGUUGACCCCUAGCCACAAGAAGAAAGCCAAGGAUAAGAAGGAGAAGGAGGAGAAGGAGGGCAGCACCGAUGAUGAUAAGCCUCCCCAAGUCCAAGGUGAAGGAAGACAACAACACCCGUCGGCCCCGGCCCCGGCAGCGGCAGCGGCAGCGGCAGCGGCAGCGGAUGAGGGGUGGGUGUACGUGGAUGAAGACGUGGAUUGGGUUGUGGAGAUUCAGCCGCUGAAGAAGAAGAGGGACAACAAGGAAGAGGAGUGGGUGGCUAUUGUCCCCAUUUCUCGCGAGUGA